AUGCUCCGAAGUCUUCGCAAAUUGCCGCAACUCCGUCAAAUUCAGUCGACGGCAUCGUGCGCGACGCAAACCUUCAACGGCGUCAUUCCGACGGAGCGAAUCGCGAAGCGUUUCUCGUUGAGCAGCGGUCCCGGCGGUCAGAAUGUGCAAAAGAACGCGACGAAAGCCGAAAUUCGAUUCAACGUCGACGAGGCGGAAUGGCUGUCCGAUGAGUUGCGGCGAGCGAUCGCUGAGAAAUUUGCGCAUCGAAUUAAUUCACGCGGCGAGCUCAUCAUCGACAGCGAUCGAACGCGCGAGCGUCAUUUGAAUCUCGCCGAUUGUUUCGACAAAUUGCGUUCGGAAAUCUACGCGAUUCAGGAGAAUCUCGCGAAGAGGCAGACGACAGAAGACGACACGCGAAUUUUGCGACAGCGAGCCGCAAUUUCGGCGCAACGACGCCUCGCCGAGAAGCGAAAGCUCAGCGAGAAAAAGGUCUCGAGGCGAUCGGCGGCCGUUGAGCUCUAG